UUCGGUAGGACAAAGAUUCCCACUCAGAAUGUUUUACUAAUCUUAUAUUGUACAAUUUCUCUCUCUCCUCUACCAUAAAGCAGAUGUGAUCCGACAAGCACACAAAGAAGUUCCUCAUUCAAAAAAGAUUUCUCAGCCAUCAAAAUUUCCUUUCUCUUCAUCCAACGAAAAUAACCUUUUUUCUUCUUUGAAAUCUUGCUAGAAUUAAACUAAGAAAAGAAAAUACCAGGUUUGUUUCUGCUUAUCUGAGGAAGUUCAUCAAUGGAUACGGCUCAGUGGCCACAGGAGAUUGUAGUGAAGCCCUUGGAAGAAAUAGUAACAAACACAUGCCCAAAGCCGCAACCGUCCCAGCCGCAGCAGCCAACACCCGAUGGGGCGGCGGGUGGAGUGGAAAGGAAGGCAAGGCCAGAAAAGGACCAAGCUAUAAACUGUCCAAGAUGUAACUCAACCAAUACAAAGUUUUGUUACUAUAACAAUUAUAGCUUGACGCAGCCAAGAUUCUUCUGCAAAGGUUGUAGACGGUAUUGGACUGAAGGCGGUUCGCUUAGGAAUAUCCCUGUUGGUGGUGGCUCAAGAAAGAACAAGAGAUCUCACUCUUCUUCAAUUUCUUCAUCUGAUAUUGGUAACAAUCACUCGGUUUCUACACAACCAGCUACAAAGAAGCAUCGCUCUGAUCAACAUCACCACCACCUCAUGAGCAUGUCUCAACAAGGGUUGACCGGUCAAAACCCUAAAUUCCUUGAGACCACUCAACAAGAUCUCAAUUUAGGUUUUCCACCACAUGGGUUGAUCAGGACCAACUUCACUGACCUUAUCCACAACAUUGGGAACAACAACAAGAGCACCAACAGUCUAUUGCUUAGUUCUUCAUGUUCUGCGACGUCAGAUAUGGCAACUUCCCCUCUGGAUUUCAUAAGAAACAACAAUAGUAAUAAUGGGAAUUCUUCAUUCAUGGGUUUUCCAGUUCAUAAUCAAGAUCCAACAUCAGGAGGGUUUUCGAUGCAAGAUCAUUACAAGCCUUGUAACUCAAACACCACACUGCUAGGGUUUUCAUUGGAUCAUCAUCGUAAUAAUGAUUUCCCCGGAGGAUUUCAAGGAGGAGAGGGUGGUGAUGAUGUGAAUGGAAGGCCCUUGUUUCCUUUUGAGGAUUUGAAAUUGCCAGUUUCUUCUUCAUCAGCAACAAGUAAUGUCGACAUUAAUGAUCAUCAGAAGCGAGCAAGUGGUGGUGAUGCAGCUGCUACUUCUGGUGGGUAUUGGACUGGGAUGUUGAGUGGUGGUGGAUCUUGGUGUUAAUUUUUCUUAGUUUGAUGAUGAAGCUAGUAUCAUUAAUGCUAUUUAUUUAAUUAAUUAAUAUCUUAAUUUCACUUUGAACAUUCGUAUUGGUGGUUUUUUCUUCCUUUUUGUUAAUUUUGGGUUAAUUUGGAUUUAAGGAUGUUAUUGGAAGCGCAUGCAUAUAUUGAAUGA